CCCCUUUUACAAUCAAAUACACGGAAAAAAAAAUAACACUGCGCUCGCUUGAGGUUGGUUGCCCUUGCCAAUUUUGUGAAUCCCACAACCAAAAGAGAGGAGGAAAAAAAAACUUUUCAAUCGUCGAGAGAAACGAACGAAAAUGCAGCAGCAAGGGAAGAGUAGUGGAUCUGAGAUGGAGGUGACUUGGCAGGACCAGCAGAACAUUAAUACCUUCAGCCGCUUCAACAAUCGAUUCCAUGAACUCGAAGACGAAAUCAAAUUCGCCAAGGAGAAGUGUGAUAAUCUGGAGGACGCAGGGAACGAGCUGAUCCUUGCUGAUGAGGAGAUGGUGCGGUUUCAGAUCGGAGAAGUCUUUGCUCAUGUGCCCAAGGAUGAGGUGGAAACAAGGAUUGAAGAGAUGAAAGAGGCCACCUGCAAAUCCCUUGAGAAGCUCGAGCAAGAGAAGGAAUCACUCGUCUCACAAAUGGCUGAGCUUAAGAAGGUGUUGUAUGCUAAGUUCAAGGAUUCUAUCAACCUUGAAGAAGAUUGAUCGAAUCAUACAUUGCUUCCAACCAGCUUUGUGUUUCUUUCUCCAUUACUCUCUGUGUAACCGAGUGUAAAACAUUGUUUUUUUAGAACGAUAUACAUUUUCGUUUGCAUUAA